UCGGAUCAAGUUUGCGUAUUUUUUGGUUUUCAAAAGUUGAUUUAUGAGGAUUUUACACACACUCCGUUACCAGCACUGACUCUGCGCUUCCUACAGUGUUUUGUUUGGGUAUAGAAAUGUAGGAGGGUGUGUGUAAUAACAAGAGGAUAUGAUUAGUAUAUUUUAUAACUAUAUGAAAACUAACCCAUUGUAGUAAUUACGGCCUUCGAGUGCAUUUCUGUCUAUUCUUACCCUUACCCUAAGAUUUCGUUAACGUAUACCGAGACAGCAUAUGGAUAAUUUGAUGUGUUUGGGAUACGCCGUUGCUGGCUACAUACGGUAUUGGUUACUUAAUUCGGAUUAUAAACAGACCAUUGGAGAUCGUGUUGAGAUUUCAUCACCAUUAAAUUCAUGGAGGAAGGUAACUGAAGGUGCUUACUUGUACAGUGAAGGAAUAAAUCCAUAUCUGGGUGAAAAUUUCCACGAAACACCUUUGGGACUUUUUGUAUUUCACAAGAUGAUAAGUAAUAUACCACAGUUGACAGGUUUCAUCUUCAUUGUUUGUGAUCUAAUUACUGCACAUGUGUUGUACCAUACAGCACAACUUUUCAUGAGUGAACUGUUUUCAAGACAAAUGAGAGAGAAAGAAAAGUAUGCCAAAGAUGCAGAAACACUUCUUCUAAAACAAUCAGACCUUGUGUUGCCACCAGUUUAUGUGGCAUCUGCAUACUUAUUCAACCCAUAUAUCAUAUUCAGCUGCAUUAGUCAGACAACAACAGUAUUUGCUAAUCUCUGUCUUGCAUUUACAUUUUUAUUAAUGAUAAAAGGUAAAAGACUUGCUUGCUGCAGUGUAUUAGCACUAGCAACACUGCAGUCCUUGUAUCCAGUUAUACUGCUUGUACCAGCAUCAAUUUACAUUGCCAAAGCAGAAAGCAGACGGUCUCUACGAUGUAGUUCCUUCAUUCUCACUGCUGUUACAUUCAUAACAGCUUUACAUCUGUUGCUGUAUAUAUCAUUAAAGCUGGCUGGUGGCUGGGAAUUUCUUCAUGCAACUCAUGGUUUCAUUCUAAAUGUUCCAGACUUACAACCCAACGUGGGUUUGUUCUGGUAUUUCUUCACGGAGAUGUUCGAGAACUUCCGUCUUCUCUUUAUAUGUGCAUUUCAGAUCAACGCUACUGUAUUAUAUUUAAUUCCUCUCACUCUCCGCUUUCACGGUGAACCCAUGUUGCUGGCUACAAGUUUGACAGCCCUCACAGCAAUAUUUAAGUCAUAUCCUACCCUUGGAGAUGUGGGCUUCUACCUCGCUCUCCUCCCCAUGUGGAAGCACCUGUUUAAGUAUAUGCAGCAAGGAUUUGUUGUUGGCUGUUCCUUCCUUAGUACAUCUGUGAUGGGUCCAGUUGUAUGGCAUCUCUGGAUUUAUUCACGAUCUGCAAAUGCAAACUUUUACUUUGGGGUUACACUUGCAUUUGCAACUGCCCAAAUUUUCCUUGUGACAGACAUCCUGUUUGCUUACAUCAAGCGAGAAUUUUCACUUUUCCAUGGUUUGCAUCGUGAAGUCAAUGGAAAGACAACUAAACUAGUGUUAGAAUGAGGAUGGGACAAGACUGUAAGAAUGGAAUUAUGUGCACAUAUCUUCCAAAAAACAGGUGUGAAGGUAACAAUGUGAACAAUGUGUGGACCACAUCAGGCAGUAGUCAGUCAAGUUAUAUGCCUUAGAAGGCAUCAGAUUCAUUCCACAAGUCUGCAUUUUUCAAGAGGCAACUAAAUUAGGCUUGUUAAAGGAUAUAUGUUGUUAUAUUUUAAAUGAGUAAGCAGCAGGAUGCAAAGAAACAAGAAGUGAAGUUGGACUCUUGGCUACUUAAUAUCACAUUUUCUAGACUACAAGAUGCAUCAGAGAAUGAGAUGAACCCAAAUUUUAUGAAAAGUACCAGCUAUACCUUCAGACCAUAAGACAUAUUCAUUUUUAGGCAGUAUUUUCCAGUAAAAAAUGUAUCUUAUACCCCAGAAAAUACAAUAAUUUAAUGCUUCAGGGGUGGAGACUGCUUAUUUAAAAUGAAUGUACAUUUUUUUAAUGUUCAUUAAAAAUAAUGCACUGAUAGAACUUUUAAUAUUUUGUUGUGAAACAGAGAAUAUAACUAUGUGCAAUUCAAGAAUAGCCUUUAUUUUCAGCAGUUGGAAAUCAAACCUCAUUUUUUCAAUAAGUGGAUCAUUUUUUCUGUUUUGCCAUUUAAUAUUAAACAGAUCCCAACUUGAGAUAUUCUGUUCCCCAGUGAAUGCUACAACUAUGAAAGAAAUUUCAUUAAACCCAGCAACUGUUUUUAAACCUCCUGCAGUUAAUACCAAAACUGGAUACAUAUUACAAGGUUAACACAGCAUAGCAAAUUACUGUUCAAUGUGUUAAUAAAUUACUGUGAUAAUGAUAAAUUAUAUUAUAUAUAUCCUGUCCCUCAAAAAACAAAACCACCUAAAGAAACAAUCAUGAUACUUCACCACAAAGGACAACAUGCAUUAUUUCAUAUUUUGUACCACUGACUGAAACUGCUCUUAAUAGAUUCAGUCCCUAAUUGAACGAAAAGUCAAUGUUUACACAAUGGAACAGAAAGAUAAAAAACAAUAAUUUUGCCUGGUGUUUUGUAUGGGCAUGAAACUUCAUCUCUCAAGUGAAAGGAAGACCCGGUCUUUGAGAAUAGGGUGCUGAGGGGAAUAUUUGGACCAGAAGAGGGAUGAAGUGACUGAAGGUUGGAGAAAAUGACAUAAUGAGGAGGUCUUGAAUUUGUAAACUUCACCAAUUACUAAAAUAAGUCAAAAAGGGUGAAAUGUCUGGGACAUGUAGUGCAUAGGGGAGAUGAAAAAUGCAUACAAAAUGUAAUUUUUGUUGGAAAGCCUGAAGAGAACAGACCAUUCAGAAGACUAGGCACAGCUGGAGGAUAAUAUUAAAACAGAUCUUAUGGAAAUACAGUGGGAAGGUGCAGAUGAAAUUAAUCUGGCUCAGGGACCAGUGCUGGGUAAUUGUGAACACGGUAUUGGACUUCAGAUUCCAUAAAGACAGGGAAUUUAUUGACUUACUGAACAUAAUACCAACUUGUGAAAAGGAAUCUUCUUUGUGGAGUGAGUUAGAAUUAUUACAAGGCCAAGAUGAUGUUCUAUUAGAUACACAUAUUAUGUCUUCAUUUGAAGUUUUCCUUAAAAAUAAACACAGUUCAUAUUCUCA